AUGCAGCACAGCACCCCUCAGCAGCCGCAAGUCCUCAUGGUCGGCCCCGCUGCCGCCAACGCAGCCGCUGCCGAAGAUGCCUCUGGCCGUCGAGCGAUCCGCUGUGACAAGGACUGGCCUUGCUCCAACUGCAGAACGGCCAAGCGUCCUUGUACCUCUACCGGCGCUGGUCAGCGCCCUAAAGAACCCCGUCAACGUGUUCUCAUCUCUUCUCAAUAUGAGCGCAAGAUCGACCAAAUCGAGUCGCGACUCGGCAGCAUCGAGACACUUCUCAGAAAUCUCGCCACGUCCGGUGUUCCUAACGACGCCACCAGCCGCAUCAUUUCCACGCCGCAGACGGGUAGCAGCGGCCCGACGUGCGAGUCCACCGCCGACUAUGAGAGCAGUGAGGAGGACGCCGCUUUUGGCGGCGAUUCGGGCUUGACGGUCCACACUGCUUUUGCUAGCGAGUUUCUCGAGCGUGCCGUGAAGCGAACGUCGCUUCGCUCCGCCAACCCUAAGAUGGAAGCGGCUUUGGCGAAUCUCGGCCAGCUCGUCGAGAUGCAGCAAAGCCGCCCGGAACACCGGCCCCGGUUCCCGCUGCAGCGCGCUGUUCCCCCCGGCGGCGUAUCCAAGCUUCCUCUGCCACCCAUGGCGCUGGUCGUAGAGCUACUCAAAAAGAACAAGGCUUCUCCCGUGACACUAUUCACCAUCAUGUGCGACUUGGUUGGCGUUACAGACAUCACCACUCUGUGUCGAGCGGUGUACUUCCCCACAGAAGACGUGUCUGAUGCCACCUUCGCCGUCGUCAGCGCGCUGCUAUAUAAUUUGUUCCUGGAGCAACAUUCUCUUUGCUCAGACCCUGAUGUGAGGGAAGAAUACAAUCGUCAUUUCCAACUAUGCCGCGCCAACCUCGAAACCACACUGGCCAACCUACCGAUGCUCUUGUCCGCCAAAAUCGACAAUGUCCAAGCCCUUCUACUUGGCAGCCUCUACGCCGUCGACGUCUCCCGCCCCACCGUCGCCUGGCACUUUGCUUCAGCUGGCGCGCAGCUCUGCCUCACGGGCGGCUUCCACCGCCAAGACAGUCUCGCGCACGACCCGCCUGAGAUUGCGCGCAUCAAGCGUAUCCUCUUCUGGCAUAUUUACACUCUCGAUAAGGGUCUCGGUCUGCGCCUCGGUCGCGCUUCCGUCAUCCACGAGUGCGAUAUUGACAUUCCUCGCGUCUUCGAGUUUGAUUUACUCGACAACAGCGGCGCUGACACCGUGCCAACCAUGUGGGUGGAAAUAUCUGGCCUGCAGAGCGUCAUAUACGAGCAGUUGUACAGCCCCGCAGCGCUGCACUGCCCGCAGGACGAGCUCGUGCGUCGCGCGCGCGGGCUGGCCGAGCAGUGCCGCAAGCUGGGCGUCCGUGGCGACCAGGCGAGGAGCAACGCCUACAGCUACAUCAAGCAGAUGAAUAUUUCGGAUGUGGUGGAUGUUUUUAUCCGCGGGGAUGAAGUGCAGUACUACGUGACGCAGACGCUCAUCUAUCGUGUCAUACCGGCGCCUGAGCGCUCGGUGAGCCGCUUCUGCGAUGAGUGUCUCGAGGCGGCGCGGAGAGCCAUGAGUGCGCAUCAGGACUGCGCGCGGUUAAUCGAUCUCGGCAGUUUUGUCAAGACCAUAUACGUUCACUGGAACCUCCUCCUAACCCCCUUUGCUCCUUUCUUCGUGCUGUUCUGCUACGUCAUUGAAACCUCAUCUGCCGACGACCUCAAGAUCCUCAAAGAAUUCGUCGCCUCGUUAGCCCUGGCGCGGGACUCGUCCGAGGCGGUCGAGAAGCUGUACCGACUGUGCCAAGUCAUGUACGACGUGCUGACGCUGUAUGUGGAGGCCAAAUCGGCGCAGCAGCAGCACCAGCAAGAGGGCGGCGGCGGAAGCAACGGCCACGGCGUCGUGCCCAUUGGCGACGAGUUUGAAAUGUACCUCAGCCAGCUUGGGUUGAUGCCCAUGGAAGACCAGACCAUGACGGGGGCCGCGCACGACGGUAGCGGCACCGGCGUGCAUCCCAACGGACAACCGACGGCGGCGGGAAGCCAGGUGCCGCACAAUCCGCAGGUCGCGCAGAUUGCCGACUGGUUCGUGAAUAAUCGCAACAUGAUGGGGCUGCUGGAGGAGGACCUAUCGCAUAUCGAGUCGUAUCGAUGGCUGCAGCCGGGGGCCGCACAUCUGCAGCAACAGCAACAGCAGCAGUCGCAUCAACAGCCUCACCAACAGCCUCACCAACAGGCUGGGCAGGUGCCCGGACCGACGAGUAAUUCAGUGCAUGGACACCAUCACACGGGGUCAAUGUAG